AAAUCAAAAACUUACUGCAAAAAUACAAGUUUUUUAACAUAAAUUUACAUAUACCACAAAAAAUCCUAUUUAAAGUGAAAGUCUUUCUAAUAGUUACUGCUACGCCAGCCGAAAAAAGUCAACACAACACAGCAGCGAAGAUAUACUGGAUGCGAGUUUAUUUAGAUGCUGUCCGUUGAAAAUCACCCAACGGCAAAGCUUGUCGUCGUCGGCGCAAACAAGAGCCAAGGGACGAAAAAUAUUCGAUAUCAAUAAACUGGCACAUAAAAUAAGAAGCUGAGCAAACAGACAGCAAGAGCAACAACACCAACUACUUAUAUAUGUAUACUACUAGAUACGACUAAAAACACCAAAAAUACACAACAACAUUAAUAGCAAUACUAGUGAAACACCAUUUCUCUUACUACUAAAAAUCAAAUACAAGCAAAAACAAGUCUACUCCGAAUUCAAUCGAUACCAUCAGACAUCAUCAAGAGCACCAAUACUACCUCUCCGCCUACGCUAGAGAUUUACAACAAUAUGUUGGGUGAUAUAAUUUCACCGUCAAUCGCCACUUGGAGUACAACGCAAAACUUUUACACUGACCUGGAUGUUGACAUGCCUUUGAUGCAUGGUGGCGCCGCCACCGACUUGAAUGUACCGCUCCUACCAACCUAUAAUACAUACAACACAGCGUAUAGUAAUGCUACAUCGAUGUUGUUCGACGUAAACGAAACGAGCGCAUAUCAAAUUGUAUUGAAUGGCACCAGCGGCAAUAUUAGCAGCAGCAGCAGCAACAACAACAUCUUGCUGGGUGUCGGUGAUGAGAGUAGCAACAACAGUGGUUUCAUUAUAUUCAACAGCACUGGCGUUGGCCCAAAUGGGAGCAGCAAUAUUAUCGAUGUUCUUAUAGGUGAACAUAAUGAGUUUGAUGAUCAGCAAUUGGAUGACAUCAUUGGUGGCGGUGGCGGCGGCGGCACAAAGGAUCCGACGGUCGCGUUGGUGAAAAUGAUUGUCAUGUCCAUUGUGCUAGGCUUGCUCAUAUUCAUAACCAUAAUAGGCAACGUUUUUGUAAUUGCGGCAAUUAUACUCGAGCGAAACCUACAGAAUGUGGCUAAUUAUUUGGUGGUAUCGCUGGCGCUGGCUGAUUUAUUGGUGGCGUGUCUGGUGAUGCCGCUCGGCGCGGUUUACGAGAUAAGCGAGGGUUGGAUACUUGGCCCGGAGCUGUGCGACAUUUGGACAUCGUGCGAUGUGCUCUGCUGUACGGCGUCCAUAUUGCAUCUGGUGGCGAUAGCAGCUGACAGGAUAACAGUAUGCAAUGAAAAAUUUAUUCUCUGA